AUGCAGAGUCAGAAUGACUACCUCAGGCAAUGGCUGCCAAGGCAGGAAUCAUAUCUCCAUCACCUCCUCGAUCGAGAAGCUCCACCAGAAGAUAGGAGAUGCAUCAUCUGCGAUCAGGAUGGGGUCUUCAAAUGUCAAGAUUGUCUUGGGGAGCCUCUCUAUUGCACAGGCUGUUGCCGGAGUCAACAUCAUUGCAAUCCUUUCCACUGGAUCAGUCAAUGGAAUGGUCAAUUCUUCGAGCAAAGUUGUCUGGCUCAUGUUGGACUCGUCAUACACCUCGGUCAUGAUGGCAAGCUGUGUCCAGUAGUCAUGGAUAGGUGGGAUUUGUUUGAUGAAGAUGAACAAGAAGACCACUUUGAACCUGAAGAUCUACCUUCUGUAUCGGGACCCGAGUUCCAGCCCAAGGAAAAUACAAUGGUCAUCGUUGACAAGUCAGGAGUCCAUCGCCUCAAGGUUCAAUGCUGUGAUUGUCCCGAUGCCAUGAGUCCAGACAUUCAAAUGUUUCAACAUGGCUUUUUCCCUGCAUCAUUUAACAAGCCGAAGACCAUGUUCACCUUCAGAGUGCUAGAUGAUUUUCUGUUGGACAACCUUGAAUGCGGAACCUCAGCGAUGAACUAUUACAGCAAGCUUCGGCGAAUGACCUCGAGCGUGUUUCCCCACCUCGUUCCGGACCGAUACAGAGAGCUUAUGAGAGUCGCUCGACAGUGGAGGCAGUUAAAGUCUAUGAAAUGGCAUGGCUUCGGGCAUAGUUCCGACAACCCGAAUGCCGGAGAUCUCGCAUUAUUCUGCCCGGCAUGUCCUCAGCCCGGGAUUAACAUAUCCUUGUCAGGGGAUGAAUCACUUGAUGAGUCAUUUGUGAUGGACGGAAAUUUCAAAGCCGAACACCUGCAUCCCAUCAAGCCAUAUGAUGAAGUAUGGCUCUCUGAUGGGUUGGGGUUUAUGGUGGGAAAGGAAAGGUAUCAAAAGCAUCUUGAAGAGGCUGCUGACACUGUGGAAAAAUCGAGCUGCAACAAUCAUCGGGCUGUCAAUCAAGCAAAUGCAGCUCGGCACAAGCUGGAGUCCACUGGCAUCGGGGGAGUAGCCUGUGGCCGACACGGUUGCUUUGUCCCUCACUCGAUGGUAGAUUUCCAGAAAGGCGAAAGACAAAUGAACAUGGACUACGCACUUUGUGAGGCUGCCCAGCACAACAUGGAUGGGAUUACAAGGGCUGUCACCUUCUAUGACAUCAACUGUCAAUACAACAAGCACUUGCAUGUUCGGGUGGAUCGAGGCCGAUUUCUGACAAUGGUUCCGGAAUUGACCGUCAUUCCCGGAAUCGGGCUGUGGCACAUCCAUGGACAUCAGGAUAGCUGCUAUGUCAGAUAUGCGUCGAAUUUCAUUGAAGGCAUUGGUCGCAUUGAUGGAGAGAUCAUGGAGACCCUAUGGGCACGUCUCAACCUGAUUUCUCCUGCUGCUCAGGGAAUGAAUAUGAUCCGCAUGAAGAGGACCCUUUGCCGGAAAUACAAGCAGGCGAAGACUGGCAUCGCCGAAAGUGGAAAGGCUUUCGACAGACUCGACGAAGCCGCACCGGCCAACUUAAAGACAGACUGGUUAGCAAGUGAGAGGAUCGCUCAGUCCAACAGAAUACAAGAUCCAGCUGCGAUGGAUAUAUAUGAGAUUAAUAUCAAGAAGGGUGAGAUCACUCUGUCUCGAUCGAAGUCUGAAUUCAUUUUGAACCCAGCACCGAGCAAAAAGGAGAUAGAGCUUAGACUGCUGCAGGAGGGUAAUGCCCGUCAUGCAGCACCCUCUCGCAGAUCUGUGGCAACAUGGAUAUCAAUGGGCCUGGCAAUUGAAGAGGCUCAAAUUGCAUUGCACAUCGAGACAUCGCCCGGCAACUGCGAUCGUCUACAAGGCCAGAUAGAUGCAUUCACUCAGACUGCUCUGACGCAUCUGGGAGAGGGAUUUGAUGCAGAUGACGACCCUGACGAUUUGAAUAUAGACAUUCUCGAUGAUCUCGAUGAUGACCCGGAGGAUUUCAUCAGGAAGUCCGAUACAUGGACAAACUCCCCCGAGCUCACUGUCAUCCCAUUGCCAUCAAACCUAGGGGUAGAUCGAUCCAAACAUUGUAUGGCAGAGGAUCUGAUUCCGCUGGAGUUGUCACUUCGUGAAGGACAGGCCAAUGAUGCCCUUCACAACCUCCGAAUUCACUUGUGCAACAAGGCAAUACUCUUCCGAACAACAGUCAGGCAAGCCAAAUCUCAAGCAUUGAAAACCCGAGCUUGGUCCCAGGUGACAUCAGUGCAGCAGGCGGUGUCCCUCCAUGCCAGCAUAUAUACCAAGACAAGGAAGCAAAUGAUGAAACUUGAGCCGGGCCAAGACCAGCUGGAAAAAUAUAAACCCCUGCUUCAGGAGCAGCUCAAAAUCAGCACGGCCGUCGGCGAUCCUAAUGCCCGAGGUCAGCGAAAUGAGUCUCUCGCUUGGUUCUGGUCUAUCGAAGUAGAUUUGGGGGGUCCGGAUCACUCGUGGAAUGAGGAAUUUUACCAAGUUCAUUGGCUUCGGGCAAAGGCACUACGGGAUCGAUGGAAGGAAGAACUGAUAUUGGUGGAAUUGGAGAUGGAUUGGACGUGUAAUUUCUUCUUGUGGAAAUCAACGCAAUGGGGCGACCGGAUGAGGGAAUCAUUGGUGAAACGCCUUCCGGGUCAUGCUUGCUACUCCGGAAGGCAAUCCCAAAUGUAUUCAUUACUGGCGCAGGAUGCUCAGGCAGCGUUUCAAGACCUGCAGAGCAUGUUAAUAGAUGCCCGAGAUGAAUGA